AUGGAGUUUCCUUCCCAGAAUUUUGCCCGCGGAUUCUGUCGCUGGGGCCAGAACUGCCAUUUCUCACACGACAGAAAGUCAGCCCAGGUCUGCAGGUACUUCCAGAGCGGGUUUUGCAGCUACGGCGAGCGGUGCAGCUUCCAGCACAUCCAGGAUGAGCCAGUGGGGACCCUCUAUGGCCCCCUGCCCACUGUGCCCCCCAGCCACUGGGGCUCGGAGCCCCACAGUGGGCCUGCGGCUGGGGCCCGGGGCCCGGGGGGAUCCCGACACAGCUUGGCCCACCCUGUCCCCAGUGUGAUGCGUGUGGCCUUCAAGUUCUCAAGCAUGGAGAUUGAGGAGGAAGAGAAAGACAAGGAGAACAUCCCAGCACCUGAUAACGUCCCCCGUGGGGCUAUGGGUGGAGAAUUUGUCCCUGCACGAGCUCGGGGUGCCUCAGGAUCCCAACCACGAGGGCAAGGACUGGAUCCAAACUCUGCUGACCCCAGAGAGGUGACAGUGGAGACGGCGACAUGGACUGACCCUGCAGAGGUCCCCACGGAGGCGGGCGCUGCGGCCCCCCUGGUCCCCCCGGCAGUGCUGAGGGCCCGCAGCGAGGCCGUGGUGUGUGGCAUCUGCAUGGACCGGGUGUACGAGAAGCCGCUGCCGGAGGAGCGGGUCUUUGGGAUCCUGCCGAACUGCAGCCACGCGUACUGCCUGAGCUGCAUCCGCAAGUGGCGUCGCAGCCGGGACUUCCAGAGCGUGGUCAUCAAGGCCUGCCCGCAGUGCCGGGUCACCUCCAGUUACUACAUCCCCCACAAGUACUGGGUCUCGGACGCGGGUGAGAAGGAGAAGCUCAUCGAAACCUUCAAGGCGCGGACGGGGAAAAUCCGGUGCAAGUUCUUUGUGCGGAACCGUGGCCGCUGCCCGUUCAAGUCAGAGUGCAUCUACCUGCACGAGCUGCCUGCGGGACGGACACCGCGGCGCAGGCGGCCCAGGGUGCCCAUUGAGUUCAGCCCUUCUCCCUCGGAGAGCUCUGAGGAGGAGGAGGAGGACGAGGACUUCUGCUUGCUCGAAUGGGCGCUCUCGCUGGUGGAGACACGCUUUCGGCGCUUGGGUUAUGACCACGAGAUGUUCUUCAUGGACUUCAGCGACUCCGACUAAGCCAUGGGGGAUGCCCCAUGGGGCCUGGGUGCUGUUGGUAGCGAGGAAAUGUCUUCUG